AUGCAUUACGCAUUAGGAUACACUAUCACAAUAUUACCUUAUGUAUAUGUACCGGUGUAUAGAAUCAGUAAACCGACAACAUGCAUUUCUUGGUGUAGCUCUUACGGCUCGAGCGACAGUCUGCCCUCAACCGUGGAUGAGAAUACGUUCGAGAGACGAUACCUAAGGAUCACGAAAUGGUUUCACAAAUUGACUGAAAUAUGGCCCGAUCAAAAUACGUGCAUCAAGUGCUUUGCAUGGGUCAUCACGGCUGUUGAAAUGCUGUCAAGUGUAUUUGUUCAAGUAAGCGUGUAUUAUGUGGAACAACGUCAUUUUAUCAUUGAAAGAUCUUUUUAUGCAGUGAACGUACUCAUCUGCUCUAUCCUAUUCUUACAACUUCCAUGGACAACGCGCCUGUUGGCUCGGUUACAGCACUUUAACACAACGCCGAUGAUAUUCAUCAUACCAGGCUAUUAUUUCGUUAACGAGCACGAAAUUUUUUACCUCAUCCAACUACUUACACGGCAGCUUGGGAAUAAUAUUUGUGGCACACACAGUCACAUAGGCUGUGAUUCGAGUCUUACGAUUGUACCACAACACAUCUGCGGAUUACUGAUUGUAACUGUGUAAAAGGAAUGAACAAUACGAUAGAAUCUUCUUUAUGCAAACGUCGUGUAUCCAAACUAAUUCAAUAUCUGCGUCGAUUAUUCUAAUAUAGCUGGGUGGAAAUAAGAUGCGAUUCUCUAUUGUAUCCAAACAUUGAUUUGUUGUAUCCAAACUUAAAAAAAUAGUACAGUGACCAUAGCAAGCCGUCGCCUACAAUGAAUAUUACAAUUUUCCUAAUGACUUUACUAAAUAAAUAUUAUUUAUAGGUGAUAAAGACAUCAAACUCGUAUUAUACAGUACUAAGAUAAAUGUGUAUAACGAAAAUGAACAUUCCUUUGAUGCCAUAAAUGUACGACAUGCUCGUGAGAAUUGUCAUGUAUUUAUAUUAUAGCUGCAGAAUAGUUAAAUAAACUAUUUUUGUAACAACGCCCCAUCGGCGAUUACAAUUAAGAAUGUACAAAAAUUGUUUCUAUAUAAAUAAACUCUUAAUCCAUUAUUUACGUCUAGAGUAAAUUUUAGACAGUAGUAAAUAAAUAUA